UUUUUCUCAAUUAUCUUGAGCUUUUCUCUCAACAGAGGAUCACAAGCUUUAAAAUUUUUCAACACACAUCAGUUAAAAUGUCAGUUACAAAGACACCCAGACUGUGCAAAUGUGAAGCAGUGGAAAGGCGGGCCUGUUAAGAUUGAUCCCCUGGCUCUGGUGCAAGCUAUUGAAAGAUACCUUGUGGUUAGAGGGUAUGGAAGAGUAAGAGAAGACGAUGAAGACAGUGAUGAUGAUGGAUCAGAUGAGGAAAUAGAUGAGUCUCUGGCUGCUCAGUUUUUAAAUUCAGGAAAUGUAAGGCACAGGCUACAGUUUUAUAUUGGAGAACAUUUACUACCAUAUAACAUGACUGUGUAUCAGGCAGUGCGGCAGUUCAGUGUCCAGGCUGAAGAUGAAAGGGAAUCUACUGAUGAUGAGAGCAAUCCUCUGGGAAGAGCUGGUAUUUGGACAAAGACUCAUACAAUAUGGUACAAACCUGUGAGAGAGGAUGAAGAAAGCAGUAAAGAUUGUGUUGGUGGCAAAAGGGGGAGAGCCCAAACAGCUCCAACAAAAACUUCUCCCAGAAAUGCAAAGAAGCACGAUGAGUUAUGGCAUGAUGGAGUGUGCCCGUCAGUAGCAAAUCCUUUAGAAGUUUACCUCAUUCCCACACCACCUGAAAAUAUCACCUUUGAAGACCCAUCCUUAGAUGUGAUCCUUCUUUUAAGAGUUUUACACGCCAUCAGUCGAUACUGGUAUUACUUGUAUGAUAAUGCGAUGUGCAAGGAGAUUAUUCCAACUAGUGAAUUUAUUAACAGUAAGUUAACAGCAAAAGCGAAUAGGCAGCUUCAAGAUCCUCUAGUAAUCAUGACAGGAAACAUCCCAACAUGGCUCACUGAGCUAGGAAAAACCUGCCCAUUUUUCUUUCCUUUUGAUACCCGACAAAUGCUUUUUUAUGUAACUGCAUUUGAUCGGGACCGGGCCAUGCAACGAUUACUUGAUACCAACCCAGAAAUCAACCAGUCUGAUUCGCAAGACAGCAGAGUUGCACCUAGAUUGGAUAGAAAAAAGCGCACUGUGAACAGAGAGGAGCUGCUAAAACAAGCUGAGUCCGUGAUGCAGGACCUUGGGAGUUCACGGGCAAUGUUAGAAAUCCAGUAUGAAAAUGAGGUUGGUACAGGUCUUGGGCCAACACUGGAGUUUUAUGCACUUGUUUCUCAGGAACUACAGAGGGCUGACUUGGGUCUCUGGAGAGGUGAAGAAGUAACUCUUAGCAAUCCAAAAGGAAGCCAAGAAGGGACCAAGUAUAUUCAAAACCUCCAGGGCCUGUUUGCGCUUCCCUUUGGUAGGACAGCUAAGCCAGCUCAUAUCGCAAAGGUUAAGAUGAAGUUUCGCUUCUUAGGAAAAUUAAUGGCUAAGGCUAUCAUGGAUUUCAGAUUGGUGGACCUUCCCCUUGGCCUGCCCUUUUAUAUGAUGCUGCGGCAGGAAACUUCACUGACAUCUCAUGAUUUUGACAUUGAUCCGGUUGUAGCCAGAUCAGUCUAUCACCUAGAAGACAUUGUCAGACAGAAGAAGAGACUGGAGCAGGAUAAAUCCCAGACCAAAGAGAGUCUACAGUAUGCAUUAGAAACUCUUACGAUGAAUGGCUGUUCAGUGGAAGAUCUAGGACUGGAUUUCACACUGCCAGGGUUUCCCAACAUUGAACUGAAGAAAGGAGGGAAAGAUAUACCAGUGACUAUCCACAAUUUGGAGGAAUACCUAAGAUUGGUGAUAUUCUGGGCACUAAAUGAAGGUGUUUCUAGGCAAUUUGACUCAUUCAGAGAUGGAUUUGAAUCAGUUUUCCCACUCAGUCAUCUUCAGUACUUCUACCCAGAAGAACUGGAUCAGCUCCUGUGUGGCAGUAAAGCAGACACUUGGGAUGCAAAAACAUUGAGAUGCUGCAGGCCUGAUCAUGGCUAUACUCAUGACAGUCGAGCUGUGAAGUUCUUGUUUGAGAUUCUCAGUAGUUUUGAUAAUGAGCAGCAGAGGUUGUUCCAGUUUGUGACGGGUAGCCCACGAUUGCCGGUUGGAGGGUUCCGGAGUUUAAAUCCACCUCUGACAAUUGUGCGGAAGACAUUUGAAUCAACAGAAAACCCAGAUGACUUCUUACCCUCUGUAAUGACUUGUGUGAACUAUCUUAAGUUGCCGGACUACUCGAGCAUUGAGAUAAUGCGUGAUAAACUGUUGAUAGCAGCAAGAGAAGGCCAACAGUCGUUCCAUCUUUCCUGAUCACAACAAGAAAUCAAUGUCUGCCUGUUACAGCAAAAGAAAAAAAA